GACGUGUCGCCUCCGUCACAGUAUCCGGGUCACCAAAGUUCUGUUGGACUGAACUUCAGGCCUCCGUCAGCGCCGACGUUACAGCUGACAGCGUGACAAAUUUGGGCCAACUGAGGAGCUGAAAACACAGAGAGUAUUAGAGGCAGCUGACAGCAGACGAGCCGACACCAGAGUGUCCCAAAGGAGCUCCCUUUGACCGUCGACUGAGCUGCGGCAGGAACAUCAGGUGCACAUUUAAAUUCAAGGAUCCCUAACAUCCAGGUGGAGUGUGAUCCGGUAGAAUGGCAGAGGACAGCCAGGCCGACUACGCCAACGUGCCCAGUGGGAAGAAACGACGAUGGACAACAACAACACAGAAGAUACUUUUCCUGCUGGUGGGACUCAACAUGUUAGGACUUGUUGUCCAGAGAUGGUUGAUCUACAGCCUGCAUGAGAAAAUGGAGGUGUUGUCACUCUGCAUGUCUCGUUCUGUCUGCCAGAACCUGUCCGAUCCACAACAAUCUGUCCAGCAGGGUGUCACUACAAUCAGUCCAGUGGGACUUAACGUAACGGAGUCCAGUGAGAUUCUGGACCCAACAGACCCGGACCAACAGAGGCCUCUUGCUCAUCUCACCGGUGCCAACAUCAUGUCUGCAGGAGGAAACAACAUCAACGUGCUGCAGUGGAGACACAGCGGUGGAGAAUCCCUCCUCAGUAACAUGGCCUACAGCAACGGCCGGCUGCUGGUUCAGAAGACGGGUUACUACUACAUCUACAGCAAAGUGACAGUAAACGCUGCACAGGAGUGUUCACCUAUCCUGCACAGGGUCCUAAGUGUUACGUCAGUUUAUGAUAAGCCUAUCGAACUGAUGAGGUCAAAAAGCCUCCACUGCCUGGAAAAUCCAGAACCAGCUCGAGAGGAUGGGGAGAAUCUGUGGAACAGUUUCCUGGCAGGAAUCUUCGACAUGCAGAGCGGAGAUGAAAUCUUUGUCACUGUGGAGAAUUCACAGGUCCGUCCUGGAAACACUGAAAACCUCAUGGGAGCCUUUAUGAUAUGAUUCCACGUCUGUCGGUGUGUUCAGCUGAUUUUACACAUCUAAUAAACAUGUGGAUUAUCUUUUUUGUUGUCUUCUAAAUUGUUGUUGUGUUUCUACAUGUGUUGUUUGCACACAUACACACACACCUAACACUCACUCACUCACACACACACACACACACACACACACACACACACACACACACACACACACACACACACACACAGAAAUUGUUGUCAAGCAAAUUUAAAUUGUUUGGAUCUCAUUAAAACAUCACAUAUUCAGGUGAUAUGAUGAAAUCCUGUAGAUACUGUGUUACUUCUGCACCUGUGUGAAUAAUAAAAUGCUCUUUCUUAUUAAAGAUAA